AUGGCUCCAAAAUCAAAUACUCCCGUUCCCCCAGCAACUAAUGAGCCAUUAAAGCAGAAGGCAGGUCCCCACUGUAUGAGUACCUCUCAUGCUAAUUUGCCAGUUCAAAAAGUAGUCGUUCAUCCUUUGGUACUCUUGAGUGUUGUUGAUCACUUCAACAGAGUCAAGAAAACUCAAAGUGUCAAAAGAGUUGUCGGAGUUCUUUUGGGUUCCAUGAAGAAUGGAAAGGUUUUGGACAUCGGAAACAGUUUCGCUGUUCCUUUCGACGAAGAUGAAAAAGACAAGGAUACCUGGUUCCUUGACAUGGACUACUUGGAGAGCAUGUACACUAUGUUCUACAAGGUUGCUGCUAAAGAGAAAAUUGUUGGAUGGUAUCACACUGGACCAAAGCUUCAUAAGAACGAUAUUGCCAUCAACGAACAAUUGAAACGUUUCACACCAAACCCAGUUCUUGUUAUCAUCGAGGCUGAGCCAAAGGAUAUUGGACUUCCAACCGAAGCUUAUUUGGAAGUUCAAGAAGUUCAUGAUGAUGGAACCCCUCCAAUCAAGACCUUCGAACACGUUCCCAGUGAGAUCGGAGCAGAAGAAGCCGAAGAAGUUGGAGUUGAGCAUUUAUUGAGAGAUAUCAAAGAUCAGACCGCUGGAACUCUUUCCCAGAGAGUUACUGACCAGCUACUCGGAUUGAGAGGUCUCCAAUCCCAAUUGGAAGAUAUCGAAAAGUAUUUGAAAGAAGUGGCUGAAGGCACACUCCCUGUAAACCAUCCAGUUAUUUAUUACAUUCAGGAAGUUUUAAAUUUACUGCCUGACGUAACUCACCCAGACUUUGUCGUCGCUCAAAAUGUACAAACUAAUGAUCAAUUGAUGUGUGUAUACAUGGGAUCUCUUGUUCGGUCAGUCAUAGCUCUGCACAACUUGAUAGACAACAAGUUGGUGUUCCAAAAGGUUGAACGAGAAAAGGAAGGUGAAGGAGAUAAGAAGAAAGAAGAGAAGAAGGAAGAAACCAAGAAGGAAACCAAGGAAAAAACAAAGUCCAAGUAA